GAUGAGCAAUGGUUCAGUACCGUUCCAAAUGAAACGCAAAAAGGUUCAAUUAUUCUUAUCCGUGUUUUUCGCAUUUAUAUGGACAUAAUAAUGGCUUUCUAGAUUGCGCGCAAGCAAAGCAACAAGCACGACAGUGCCCAAAACACACAACAAAUUAUGAAAAUGUUAACAAAAACAAUUGCCACCAUGGCGUUCCCACAACAACAACAACAAGCAGCAGAAGCAGCGUUCAUCACAUUCAUAAGACCACCUUCAAUAUAUUCACCGUAUUUCGCAACAAGUUUUGACAUCGAUUUCACAUAUGAACAACAGCAAAAGCAAAACAAUGACAAGUUUGGAUUUACCGAGAGAUUACUGGGAGCUCAAGCUGGAGCCAGCAUCGCCGGCAUCGGCUGUGGCCAGCGAGCUCUUUGCGCUUGAUGAUCCCACUGGCCUCUUUCUAUACGACGAUAACUUUGCAAAUGGUAUUACGCUCAUAAGCGAUGGGAGCGAGGACUGCCUGCAGGAGGAUAGCUCCAUGGAGCUGAUCAGCGGUGAGGAAUUGGUUGUGGAGUUUUUGAACCUGAAGGAUGAUGAGUGCCUUCUAGACCAAAGGGCGCCGCAAUAUGUCGAUUAUGAGUCAGCCAGCUUCUCGCAAGCAUUGGCUGUGCCGCAGGACUUACUACCCAUGACUAAAGUGCAGGUUGCUGCCAACGCCUCCGAUUCCGAUUUCCAGCAUGAUGGUGACACUUGCUUGGUAUUGCAACAACUAACGCCGCCGCAGUCGCCGCCUCAAUUCGAUGGCUAUCAACAGCAGCCACAGGAGCAGCUGCUCGUCAAGGAGGAGCACAAAGUGCUGCCGCCUUUUGCCAAUGAUGCUGCAGUCGCAGUGAAUGCGACAGCUGUGGCUGCCACUGGCGCAUACAGCUUCAACAACUGGAUGCCUGUCAGUGAAAUUGCACGCGAAACGCAGCUGGUGGAUGACAUUGUCAAUAUGCGUGCCCAGGAGCUGCAGCUACCCAUCAACUGGCAGCAGUACAACGAUGACUGCGAAUCGCAGGCCUCAUCGUCUCUAGGCAGCAGCAGCAGCAGUAGCAGCAACAACGGCGAUAUCAGCGGCGCUGGCAGCAGCAUUGCGGACGCGGAUGAGGAAUGGCUGCCCACGAGUAGCAGCAGCAGCAGCUCACCCGCCCACACCAUCGCCGAGGAGCCGCAACAUUCUACACCAUCCGACAACGGCAGCAGCAGCAGCGGGCCGGCGAAAAAGCGUACACGCACCUAUGGACGCGGCACAGAGGAUCGCAAGAUUCGGAAAAAGGAGCAGAACAAGAAUGCGGCCACACGCUAUCGCCAGAAGAAGAAAAAGGAAAUGGAGCAUGUGCUCACCGAGGAGCAGGAGCUGACGCAGGUCAACGACGAGCUGAGACGCAAACUCGGCGGUUUCAAGCGCGAGUCACGCUAUCUUCGCCAGCUUAUACGCGAGUUCUACAAGCAGCCCAAGGAAUCAGAUCGAUCCACUUAAUUUAUAAGUUUCCCUUUGCAAAGUUAUCGUUAUCGUUAUAGUUAUCGUCACGUUGUAAAUCCAAGAGACCCUCAUUGAAUAUUUGAACAACUUUCACCAACACCGACACCGACACAUUCACCCACUUGAUUCUGCACAAAUGCAAAGCCAACGUCAACAGUUUAAGCAGCCUGUUCUGGUUCAGCAUCUUGGCACCUAUGACGAGCCAGCGAUCAGCGGCUUCGACACCCACUUUGCCACUGCUGUCCGGAACAAAACUUCCAACACACCAUGCCGCACAGGCCAAUGUGUCCCACGGGCCACAGAAUUUAGAGAUGACAAAUAAAAGCUUAUAUGAAAACCUUUUUGUUCUUAUUUACGUUCCGAUACCAUUGUCUCAACACCCUGUGCGGCGGUUGCUUACUGUAAUUCUUAUUUUUUUUUUUGCAUUUGGUGUAACAUUUCUUUUGACAAUUGUAAACAAUAUUAAAUAUAAUUUCUUAACAAUAAACGUAAUACAGCAUAUUAUCUAUGUAUGAGUAAUAAAUAAAAAAAGGGUUUUCAAAA